UAAACAGAUUAUUGAUAAAGAUAAGCUGCAAAAUAAAUUUUGCUAUGGAUAUUGAUAAUACAUAGUUAUCAUUAUGGUUUGUUGUGUAGUGUUGCUGUCUAGUUUGAUAUUCCUAUCUCGGUUUAAUGCACAAGAUAUACAACUGAGGUCUGUAUAUGAUAAUAUAAGUUUUCGUCGACAGCUUUAUAAUGCUACUUGUAAAUUUGGUACUUCUGAUAAAGUUGGAAUAUGUGUUUGUCCCAAUCCUAGUGAUAUGAAGAAUUUUUUUUGCAAUUGUGUUUUAGACAUCAACAACUCAAGUUUAAAUGUUUUUAGAAAGGAAAAUGCUUUUGUAUGUAGUUGUUUAAAUACUUAUAAUGAAACAUUUUCAAAAGACUGUUCAUGCUUCUCGCUUUCCCUGAAGAUUACUAACAUGAGUUGUUCUCAUAGUUCAUUUCCUUUUAGAAAAUCAAAUGUCAUUAAAAUAGGUGUUAUUUUACCACACACAUUAGGAGAGUCAAAACUUUCUUCAUAUAAUAGUGGAGUGUAUUAUGCUUCAGCUAUGUAUAUGGCUAUUGAUGAUAUUAAUUCACAGUCUACAUACUUGCCAAAUCAUAAAUUAGAAUUAGUAUGGGGAGAUACUAUGUGUGAUUGGAAGAGUACAAUAAAACUGCAAAUAGAAAUGCUUGAGUAUGAAAAAGUAGAUGCGUUCAUUGGUGGUGGAUGCGCUGGUUGCUUAGCACUUGCACAGAAUGCUGGAGCUUUAAAUAUGCCUAUGAUUUCACAUAUGUGUUUGGAGCCAGAAUUAUCCAAUAAAGAAGAAUAUCCUACAUUUGCUCGAACUGAACCUAAUGGGCGUCAUCUCACACCAGCUAUUUAUGAACUUUUGCGAUAUUACAAAUGGGAAAAAUUUAGUGUGUAUGUGGAGAAUCAAGAUGUAUAUAAGCGUGCGUUUGAAGAUAUACAAAAAAAGUUUUCUCAAAGAAUCUUACUAAGUAAAAAUAUUCCUGCUUCAACAUAUUAUUCAUUGGAAAAACAUUUUGACCUAGUCAAAGAGGACUUAAAGACUUUAAGCAACAAAUCUAGAAUCAUUCUGCUUUUAAUGACCAUGAAAGUGGUGAAAGAGUGUCUUAUUGCUGCAGCAGAGCUAAAUCUCAUUAACGGAGAUUAUGUGUUUAUUACAUUUGAGCUAGAUAUGCUUGUUGCCCAAGGAAGACAAAAAACACCUUUCAAAUGGGUUACUACGGACUUUACAUACUUCAAUGAUGAUGAUAACAAAACGUUAAAAAUUAAUUAUGAGUUAUUUGCAAACCGGAGUAAGCUCCUUUGUCAAGGCUGGGAGUCUACAUUGCUUUUAAUGACAAAAUUUUUAACAGCCUCAGUUGACCUUGAAAAAAGCAUAGAAGAUUUUAAUAACCGAACAAAAGCAGGAAUGAAAACAUGGUUUAAUUCUACCACUUAUGAAGGAUUUAUUCCAUAUACUAAUUAUGCUAAAUCAAAAUCAACUCCACCUCAACAUUCUCAAAAUCUUUAUGAUGCAAUCAAGUUUUAUGCAAUGGCUGUAAACUCGACUCUAAGUAAAGGAAAAAGUUUCUUGAAUGGGACUGCAAUUUUAGAAAAUAUGCAAAACAGAGUUUUUAAUAGUAGUCAUGGUUACUCAUUGUUCUUUGACAAUAAUGGAGAAGUUCAAUUUCCAUUUCAGUUAUAUCAUUACGGAUUAAAAUCAAAUAAAGAAGCUUGUGAUUGUCAUUUGUCAAUGAAUGCAAGCAGCCAUGGUAAAGUUUGUGGUUUGGAUCUCCCCAAAAUGGAAGUUAUAGCUGUCAUGGAUUCAGUUCGUGUUAAUGGAUCUAAAAAGGUUAAUGAGACAGUAGUUAGUGAACUGCAGUUACAAUAUAAACCUACUCAGGCAUCAAGUAUUUACUGGCCUGGUAAUAAAAAAUUAGAAGAUGUAUUAGAUGAACCAGUUUGUGGUUUUGAUGGUAGUAAAUGCAUUGAUCGAUCUCAAAAAGAAAAAGAGAGAUUAUUGCUUGGUAUAACAAUAGCAAUGACUUUUGUUGGAAUUAUUCUUAUCAUUGUUCCAUUAGUUAUGUACAGGCAAUACAAGCUAGAACAAGAGCUGUCAAAUCAGUUAUGGAAGAUACCAGCUUGUGAGUUAUGUGGUGGUUCCUCUCGUAAUUCUUUCAAUAGUGAUGGUCAAAGUUUGAGCAGUUAUAGUUAUGAGAAAUAUCAGCACUUUACAACAACAGCAUACUAUAAAUCAACUUUAGUUGCAGUAAGACGAUUGAAAAAGCGGACAGUCGAACUAAAUCGCAAUGUUUUAAUGGAACUAAAACAGUUGCGAGACAUUCGUCAUGACAACAUAAACAUGUUUAUUGGUGCAUGUGUGGAUACUGGAAAUAUUGCUAUUGUUACUCAAUAUUGUGCUCGAGGUAGUCUACAGGAUAUUCUUGAAAAUGAUAAUAUUAAACUGGACACACUGUUUUGUUUAUCUUUACUUCAUGAAGUAGUGAAAGGAAUGCAGUUUUUACAUUGCAGUGAUAUCAAAUCUCAUGGUAAUUUAAAAUCUUCUAACUGUGUUAUUGACGUCAGAUGGACUCUUAAAAUUACUGAUUUUGGUCUACAUGAGUUUAAGCACGAUAAUUCUACUGUGGAAUCAACAAAUGUUAACUAUAGAAGUUUGUUGUAUAAAGCACCUGAACUUCUGCGGUUGACUGAUCCUCCAUUAAGAGGUUCUCAAAAAGGUGAUAUCUAUAGCUUUGCAAUUAUAACACAAGAAUUCCAUACAAGGGAAGGACCUUGGAGUACUUCUUAUUUAGAACCUCAUGAGAUUGUAAUGCGCGUUAAGAAUGGUGAAAAUCCACCGUUUAGACCGCAUGUCCCUCAGUUGAUUGAGAAUGCAGAAGAUUUAAGAGAUAUAAUGAAAAAAUCUUGGGUUGAGAAUGCUGAUGAACGACCAUCGUUUACAGAUAUUCGCAAAGAGAUCGAAGGAUUAAUGAAGAGAAACAAUUUAAAAACCAAUAUUUUGGAUAAUAUGGUGGCAAUGAUGGAGAAGUAUACAAAUCAUCUUGAAGAUAUUGUCAACCAACGCACUGGCGAAUUGCUUUCUGAAAAACAGAAAACAGAAGCUUUGCUUUUGCGUAUGCUGCCACAGUCAGUUGCAAGACAGCUCAUGAAAGGGCAAGAGGUUGAAGCUGAGUAUUUUGAUGAAGUUACAAUUUACUUUAGUGAUAUUGUUGGUUUUACUUCUUUGUGUUCGAUUAGUACCCCUUUACAGGUUGUUUCAUUGUUGAAUGAUUUAUAUACACUAUUCGAUAGUGUGAUAUCUAACUAUGAAGUUUAUAAAGUUGAAACUAUUGGUGAUGCAUAUAUGGUAGUUAGUGGCUUGCCCAUAAGAAAUAAAAUGCAGCAUGCCAAAGAAAUUGGUGCAAUGUCACUUCAUAUUCUUUCAGCUGUUAAAACGUUUGUUGUUCGUCACAAACCUGAACAAAAGCUAUUGGUACGAAUUGGCUUACAUACAGGACCUGUUGUGGCUGGUGUUGUUGGAACUACAAUGCCUCGAUAUUGUCUUUUUGGGGAUUCAGUUAAUUUUGCAUCAAGGAUGGAGUCAACAGGAGAGCCUCUGCGAAUUCAUGUGAGCCCAGCUUUUAAAAAUAUUGUGGAAAAGAUCGGAGGUUUCCAUUUUGAAGAACGUGGUGAAACUUUUCUAAAGGGAAAAGGUAACAUUAAAACUUAUUGGCUAACAGGAUGCGAUGAACCACCCCGCAAACGUUUUUAUUCAGAGACUUUAGUUAGUUAUACACCAAUGGAAAUGGUACGUACUCCACCACCUGUUCUUCGAAAUCUUAUCAAACAAUCAUCACCUUUGAGUCACAGGGGUUCCCCUGUUGCAUUAGCCCCUCAAUGGCAACGUACGAAUAGUACUCGCUCAAAAGUAGAAACUAAUAAUAUUGCAUCGAAUUACAUUAAUAAAGACUAUGGUAAAGAAAAUGGUGACAUGGAACUGCUACCACUUAUAAAAAAUAAUAUAAUUGAAGCGUAAUGUUGUUUUCUUUUUCAA